GAAAGAGAUAAUAUCCGGCCACGUUAUAAAAGUCUUUUUUUGAGCUGCGUGAUAUUUAUGUUACACCGGGAUUUUCCAGAGGAAAUAUUUUUUCAAUAAAAAAAAAAAUACGUGAAUAAAAUUUUACUCGCGACAACUUUAAAUGUAAUUUUAAUUAAUUUAAAUAAACAAUUGAACUUGUGAAAAAAAUAAAAUGGACUACUGGUCAGUGUGUUUUCUUUUUGUCUCAUUUUUUGCCACGAUAUUACAUGUCAAUGGCAUCGAGUUAACCUUCGAAUUACCCGACAAUGAAAAGCAAUGCUUUUAUCAAGAUAUUGAGAAAAAUGUUUCAUCUACACUAGAAUUCCAGGUUGUAACUGGAGGUCAAUAUGAUGUGGAUGUGACGUUAGAAGCACCGAGUAGAGAAAUCAUUUAUCGUCAAGUGAAAUCACAAUUUGAUUCCUACACAUUUACGCCAUUAAUGUCAGGUCCCUAUAAAGCAUGUUUUAGCAAUGAAUUUUCAACAUUUUCACAUAAAAUUGUUUACAUGGACUUUCAAGUUGGUGAGGAACAACCAUUGCCUGGUGUUGGCGAACAUGUAACUGUAAUGACUCAGAUGGAAUCGGCGUCGCAAGAAAUUCACAAGAGUUUGUCAACAAUUCUCGAUUUACAAACGCAUCAUCGUUUACGAGAAGCGCAAGGACGUAAAAGGGCAGAAGAUUUAAAUGAACGUGUUCUUUGGUGGUCUUUACAAGAGACUCUCGCAAUUUUAAUUAUCAGUAUUGGACAAGUGUAUAUAUUGAAAAAUUUCUUCACAGACAAAAAACCAUAUCAAACACUUUCUAAAAUGUAAUUUAAAACUAGGAAAAAUAUAAUUUUUUUGAGGGUCAUUUAUUUUUCUUUUUUUUUUGAAAUAAUUUACCUCGCUAUGAAUUGUGUGUAUUAUAUAUGUAUAAUGAGAACUCCUUUCAUUAUUGAACCAAAAAAAAAGACUGGAGUUUUAAUUAUUUCAACAAAAAAAAAAAACAACUGCGUGUCAUGUGUGUAACUUGAAUAUAUUAAUUAAUUAAUUAAUUAAUUUAUAAGGAAAAAAAGUGUACAAUUUUUUUUUGCGAGAGCAAAUAGCGAGAUAAAAAAAGGUGUAAAAAAAUCAUUUGAAAUUUUAUUUCCCGUUUGUACGUCAAGUUGUAAUUUAUAUAUUUGGGAGAAUGAAGUAUAAAAGAAAUGAUUUUUUUCUAAAAAAUCUAAAUUGCCUUUUUAUAUUGAGUGCGAUUUGUAAUAUAAUUAAAAAUAGUUGUGUAAA